AUGGUUGACAAUAAACAAAAUACGUACAUAAUACAGUUUACUUUUUUGACAGCAACGGCUAAGUGUGCAAGUGAUCAGAAAUUUCAUCAGUCAACCACAGAAAAUCAUGAGCACCAUCAGGCAGCAAGCGACAGUGAUCGCUAUCAUAGUAAACUACAACCUAAAGUAAGAAAAAAGACAGAUGAAGGAACCCGAAAACGCAAUAAAACGAUAAAAUAUGAAAGAAUGUAUGAACUUUGGGAAACAGUUAAAAAAAGAUAUAGAGACCAGCAAAUUAAGAUGUAUCAAAAUAAGAUUCUUUUACAACAGCAACUUAUUAAGCGCCAGGCGGAAAUCUUGCAAGAGAGGCGAAGUAGAAAUGAGGCUGAAAGGCGUCAGAAUACUAUUGAAACUGCUCAAUUGGAAAAGAACAACAUUGACAAGCUAAGAAAUAUCUGUAGCGAAUCGUUAGUUCGAGAUAAGUUAUUGAAAAGGUCGGGAAUUUCGCGAAAUUUAUCAAUAAAUAAGCCAAGCAGGACAUUAAAAUCCAAUAAUAACAACGAUGAAACAGCCCAAGUUAGUAUUAUGGUUGAGAAAGAGAAGCAUGAUAUCUCAAAAGACUGCCUUAUUGAUAUUGCAGAAAAUCACAACAAUAGUGCCACGAUUAGUUCAAUAAUUGAUCAAGAUAGUCCAGAAUAUCAACUACAAUUGGUUGAAUUGUUCGGCGAAUCGGAUGCAAAGUCAAUCCUCUUUCCUAGUUUCAAACCAAUUGUCAAAAAAGGAGACAACUUAUUACUACAAAAAUUUAAAGAAGCAUCAGCUAGUAUAUCGGACAUUUGGUACACUCUUCGAGGAGAAUCGAUUAGCGAUAAGACAGUUAAGAAAUUUCAAUCGCUGCCAACAUCUAAGGAAAUGCCUGCUGCAAACUUUGCCACCUAUAAGAAAGUAGAUCUUUCUGAAAGUAGUCGAAACAUUAAGAAUAAGGUUAAUCUAAUGUAUCGCGUUGCCAAACAAAAUGAAGACCUAACAUCGAUCAUGAUGCACAACAAUCAAACGGCUGAAUUUUUAGAAGAUGGAAUUACUGCUGACGACUGGUUUACCCGAUAUCAAGAUAAUGGUUAUCACUAUAAUAGUAGUAAUCAGCCUGAUCCCAAAAUACGAACAUCUGAUACUUACAAUAAUGAUAUAAAUCUUACACGUACUGGGAUAUCAUCUACGAAAUUAAAAUCUAACAUUACAAAGCAACAAAAUAGUGAUAAAAUUUCUAUUAUCGACAAUAAAAAAUUAGUCUUCGUUUCCCCCAAAUUAAGUGACUUCUUAGAUAAAAGCUUCAAGGCUAGUAGGGCUGUAGUAAAUGAUGUAAAUAGAAAAGUAACGAAAAUGGAAUAUGAAACCAAUUCACGCCCGUUAAUCCCGAUAAAGGCUAAAUCUGGUAAUGCAUCUAAAUGGAAGUCAAGCAGUUGGGAGCCGCUAAGCCCGAACGCUUUAGCUGAGUACAGUGUCAGUCGAGAUGCUCCUGGUAAAGGUCAUUUUUCUCACGGUCGUCAUUCCAUGUGGAGUUUAUCAUAG